GGGGACGUGGCAUUAAAGUUUCUAACAGACAGUUUCACUUCUAUGAAUUUCUACGUCUAUGGUGGAACCUUGAUUUUUAAGUCUCCAUAGACGUAGAAAUUCGAAGACCUCAAUAGACGUUUCGCUACUACAAAGUUAUUUUGUGACUUAAUCUUUGUACAUUGUUUAUUAAUCUAUUGAGGGAAAAAUGUCUCGAAAUACAAUAGACAGUUUCGAUGUCAGUAAAAAACAAAUGGAAGUAAUAGAAUAUAGAAAUGCAAGGAGAAAAGUAUUACGUGAGGAUUAUUUAAAACAGAUUCAUAAUCCGAUAAAACAAGAACUUUUGAUGGAUCAUGGAAUACAUAGAUUUGGUAUCAUGAGAAUUGCCAAUGAAUAUCAUUCAGCGAUAAAUGGUAGAUGCCUUGUAGUGGGUAUAGGUGGAACUCUAGCAGCUAUAGGCAUAUUUUAUUUGAUUGCUAAGAAUUACAAGAACAAGAUAGAACAUCAGUAUAGAACUGGACAAAUAGCUUAUGCCGAUAGACACAAUAAAUUUAUGUAAAGAAUAUAAAAAAUGCUUAAUCUUAAAUUCAUUAUUUAUUAGUGUAUUUGUUAAUGUAGAAUUAUAAUAAUGAAUUUCUUUCAAAUAUUA